AUGGGUAGUCGCGCACCUGAUGUUGUCGAUCUGACAUCCACAGCCCGCCGAAAUCCAAUCGCUUUAUCCUCUUCGCCACCCUUCUCCAAUAACGCAUCAUCCUCUCAUUCCGCACAACAAGCUGAAAGGGCACCGAAACGCCAACGCCAGAAUGAGCGCAGCCGCUCCACCUCUUCGUCCUCGGAUUUCUACCUCGGAGCAGAGGCUAUUGAGACCAUCGACAUCACCGAAGAGUCGGAUGCAAGGGAGCUUGCAAGAGCAGUUGCAAAACAGCGAGAAGAUGCAAUAAAGGCCCAGCAGCCUACAGAAAAAUCCGAUAGACCGCUCAAUCCGCUGAUCGCGUACAAAUGCCCUAUUUGCAUGGACACACCUGUGGAUGCGACAACCACCUCAUGCGGUCACUUAUUCUGCCACAAGUGUAUCGUCGAUUACCUGACAAUUACCGAAGAGGCGCGCACUGAUUCUUCGAAGCAAAACAAGGGUACCUGCCCUGUGUGUCGCAAGCCACUUUCACAUAAAGAGAACACGAAAGGCAAACAAAGCAUCAUUCCUCUUCUGUUCAAGCUUCACACCAAGACCCGAGGCGAGCUCGAGGCUACCCAACAGAAUCGGAAAAGAGUGGAGGAUAGCAAGACAGAAGAGGAAUAA